CUCAUUUUUUAGUUCAUCUGCAAAUUUGGGGUUGAAAAGUGAAGCAGGAUCACACCGCAACAAACCAAACCAAUCGAUUCGGUUGAGCGAACAAUGAAUCACAUCAGGAGCGGGUUGGUUACUAUUGGGAGUUGCCGGAGCAUGUCGACGGUGUCAAAAGCCGUCGCCGAAAUCGCCGGCGUCGGCAAGACCAAGACCCGGAAGGCUUCCAGUGAGCUCUGCACCUUCCUUGGCAUCCCUCAUCACUCUCGUUCCGAAAUCUCCUUGAUCAUCUCCAACUUCAUCAAACUCUACAAUGCCAGGAGUCCUGGUAUAAAAAAAGAUAAGAUUUGGGAGCAGAAUUUGCAAACUCUGUUGCGUGGUAGAAGCAGUGUUGGCUUCCCUGAGAUUGCUAAAAUUUUAUCCACGGAGUUCAGCAGUGGUGCCAUCAAUGUUAAGGAUAGUGGCAUGGACGCUUUCUCCGAUUCAAAGGGGAAAGGCUCACAGAAGAAAGGGAAAUCUUCAAAGAAGUAGACUUUCACAAGUUGGUAUUGCUUAAUCUGCAAUUCUGCAUCACAAUGUUUGAGAGUUUGAAUUUUGAAAAUAAUUUGUCUGUUGUUGUUCUGAAAACUAAUAUUAUUCUCUUUACUCCGCUUUAGAACUUUUGUUAGGCUUGGCCUAAUGGAGAAAUGGUUUAAUGCUUCAAUGUUUAUUUGAAUUAUGCAAGGUAGAUUAUGGUAUCAUUGGGAUUUUCAGGUUA